AGACUAGACAUACUUUUACCCCCUGUGGCUCGGGGGGCUUAGAAUACGGCCACGGUAUCCCCUGCCUGUCGUAAGAGGCGACUAAAAGGGGCCACACGUACACACACACACACACAUCGACCACGAUAACAGUAUGGAGAGAUAAGUUUACAGAAGUAAAAGUAUGGAAAAGAAAAGAAGGAGAAAUUUAAAAAAUGCGCGGGGUUUGGGGUUGGCAGUGCUGCCAACCCAUCCCCAAUGCGCGUGGACGAUAGUGUUAGUUGGGCAACAUGGGGACAGAUAAGUCCCCAAAAAGCGCCGGUCCCUGUGGGGGCGAAAUUAGUGAUAGUGAUAGACAUAGGCCGGUAUUCAGAGUCGCAACUUAUUUGUAAGCUGGUAGAUUCACAGUCUCCGAAUAAGCAACGUCUUAAGCAUCAGAUUAAGCAUUUGCGUAGGAAUGUAAAUGCUUAUCGCUGUGGAUUCACAGUCGAAUAAGUCCGCCUUAUUUGUAGGAUACGAGUUCUUAUUUGGCUUCAUUGAGGUUAUGUUUUUAAGUCGACGAUAUUGAGGACUUAUGCACGCGUUUGAAGGUGUUAUUGUGCAGUGUUGAACGAUUUAUUUUGAUUAAUUGUGGUAAAUUAUUUUUAAAAAAGUACAAAAUGGAGUUGGACUUUGCGGAUAUCGAGGACAUUGAUCAUAAUUUGUAUAUAUAUCCACGAAUAUCGAGACGAUAUAUUCGAGACGGGAGUGACCCGUUUGAUUGUUUUGUCUGUCCUUUCUCAUGACACCCCUGUGGAAUCCACAGUCUGAAGAAAAAUACAAGGAAAUCCAGAUCAGGACCCGACAGAUAGUACAAAGAACGUUCGGUGUUUGGAAGCGCCGUUUUCCAUGUCUUACAAGGGGUUUAACAACGAAGUUCUUAUGUUCUACAGCAACGGUAGUUGCAUGUGCUGUGUUGCAUAAUUUAGCCCUAAUUUUCAAUGACAUUCUUGUAGAAGAAGAUGAAAUUGAAAACCAAAAUGAAGAUGGAGAAGAAUUAUUAGGAAACGUGGAAAAUGUUAAUGGCAUUGAUGGAUUUACUAAUAACAUGAUUCAAGUAUAUAUAUUUAUAUCAUUAUGUUCUUUAGAUGCAAGCUCUGGCUUCAGGCAUGUGGUAGAGAAGAUCUUCCUGCUUUGGAAUAUGAACACUACCACAAGACCCGCAGAGUAUGUAGUAAGCAUUUAAAAUAGUACAUGGGUCCUCCUAUUUUCAUAUCAGAUACAAAUAUUCAAGAAGAGAGCAGUAAUAAUCCUGAAUUUGAGCUUCCAGCAAAAUUUCGUGUUGUAGACAUAGCCGAUAAAAAUACAUUUAAGUACAUAAUAAGUGUUUAAUAUAUAAAUACAUAAGAAUAAAUAAUUUAGAUAAAUGAGAAUAAACAUUUUUGAUCUUAUAUGUUUGAUCUUUAGCAACUGCAGGUCCAUAUCAUCAGGGAGACAUUACAUCAAUCCAGACGAAUCCUUUUACAAUUAUUUAUUUACUUUAGAAAACAUUUUUUUUUCAAAUGCA